AUGUGGGUGACGAGGCUGAAAUUGUGGGUGAAGUUGCGAACUAAGAAGGAUGGGACAGCGGUCAAUACUAAUGCCGCAGAGAAAAUUAAAAAGGCUGCUGAUUUAGUCCAGUCUGAACCUAAUUCAUCUGCAAACCCAAAGGAGGAUCAUCUCGCUAAGGUCUUAGGACCUGAGAAUCCGGGUCGGUUGAGGGCAAUGGGCAGAGGGAUGAGUAUGAGCAAAUACGCUUGUUUCCAAAUGAAGAACAAACAUAUGACGGAAAUGCAACAAAUCCAAGUGCAUUUACAGCAACAAGUCCUAGACUUGCAAGAGGCAAUUUUGAAAAUGAAAAAUCAGAGACCAGAGCCCGAAGUAGGUGAAAAUUCUGCUCCACGAUUCUCGCUAGCGCGCAGAACGAAGCUUCGGAAGUUUGGCCGCGCGCGGAGGAGUUCCCGACGUCCAAAAGUUACGAUCUUGAUAUGGAAAGAUAGAUACUUGAGUCAUGCAUCACGUCGAAGUGGAAUGAAGCCAUUUGGAUCAACUAUGAGGCCUAGACUUAUUUUCUACCGAGACAUGUCCGGUAAGCGAGUAAACGAAGCCCAUGGAGGAUUUGGAGUGUCUAAUGGCCCGAGCAGCAGCGCCAAAGGCCUUGAUCGAAUAGAGAAGAGGCCUGGCUAA